CAUCCCAAUCCUCCCGCUCUUCUCGGCUCUCACCUGCUAGCAUGCUAAACAAGAUGUGGGCUGCAAGGCACUUUUGUUGUUUUUCUUGGAGGACUGAUAAAAGUGUUUUUGUCCACUGAUGGUCGAGUGGGAUCUGAUGUGUGUGAGUGUGUGUGUCCGUGCUGGUUCAUCCGACUGAAGGAUGUAUCGUCUGCUGGUGGCCCAGGUUCUACUGGGCUGCUGGAUCGGGGCACAACCCUUCUGUCCUUCCCAGUGCACCUGUGUGUACCACGGGCACAGCGAUGGCACUGGCAGCAGGUCUGUUCUAUGCAAUGACCCUGACAUGUCAGAUAUUCCAGUUAACGUCCCUGUGGACACGGUGAAGCUGCGGGUGGAGAAGACAGCUGUGCGUCGAGUGCCCACCGAAGCCUUCUAUUACCUGUCCGAGUUACGCUACCUGUGGAUAACAUACAAUUCAGUCACGUCUGUGGAUCCUGGCAGUUUCUACAAUCUGAAAGUUCUUCAUGAGCUACGGAUGGAUGGGAACAUGAUCGCUACCUUUCCCUGGGAGUCUCUGAAAGAGAUGCCCAGUCUCAGGACCUUGGACCUGCACAACAACCGCUUGACUAGUGUUCCUUUGGAGGCAGCACCUUACUUGGUUAACAUCACCUACCUAGACAUUUCUAGUAACAAGCUAACUACCCUUCCCUCUGACCUGGUGGACAUCUGGCCUCCAUUUUCAGGCAUCCUGCCCAGUGCCAAUGCAUCACAAAAGAUUGUUCUUGGUCUACAGGACAACCCCUGGUACUGUGACUGUCGGAUUUCCAAGUUCAUUGACUUGUCUAAGAUGGCCAGCAUACCUGUGGUGUUGAUGGAUCAGGUUCUGACAUGCAGUGGACCAGAGAAUUUAGCUGGCGUUCUGUUCCAGUGGGCUGAACUUGAUCAGUGCAGCAAGCCGUCAGUCAUAACUUCAGCAACUAAGAUCACUUCACCACUGGGCAGCAAUGUGCUUCUGCGGUGUGACGCCACUGGUUUCCCUACACCCACCCUCCUCUGGACCAGAGCUGAUGGGACGACGGUCAACGUCACAGUUGUGCAGGAAUCUCCAGGUGAGGGGGUCCGUUGGUCCAUCCUUAGUUUGCACAGUAUCGGGUUUAAGGAUGCAGGUGAUUACCGCUGCAAGGCCAAGAACUUUGCAGGGAAUUCCGAAGCGUACAUCACCCUGUCUGUGGAUGGGGUGCAGUCCUUAACGCCAUCCCCACUGAUAAACAUCACCAAGAGGCCCGACGAUCAACCCGUGACUUCUUUUGCUGGGACUAAGAUGCCAUUGUACACUACGUUAAGCCCUGCUCUUACAACCAGAGCUGCCAUGACCACAGUUCCACCACUGACAAUCAGGAAGAGUCCGGGACCAGGUGGAGGAAUUCAGAGGUCUCCACCAGCUGGAGACAAGCCAGCUAAGAUCCAGCAAAGUAAGGAUGGCAAAGGUUCACUGACGAGUGAAAAGUCCAAAAAGAAAGCUGAUCUCAAAGACAUUGAGGUAGUGGAGGAGACAAGUGAUACGGCGGUCUUACUAUGGAGAGCUGAGGGUCUGCCAAGCGACUCGCCAGUAACAGUGUUCUACUUUCCAUAUGAUGCGAAAGACGAUAAGGAGACGGUCGAUACGGAAGUUGGUCAAGGGAAGCUGCUCUUGGAGUAUCUGAUGCCUAACCAGGUCUACACGGUGUGUUUGGUCACUAAGGGUUCGGUGGCUGGGAAAGAGCAGUGUGUGGAUUUCACUACUCUGGAUAACGGUGGAGAAGAUGGGCAGAACAAAAUCCUGAUGAUCGCCAGUGGGAUCGCAUGUGCAGUGGCGGUGCCUCUCAUUGUGGUGUUGCUCUACAAGAUCGUAUGUCUCUGCUGUAAAGGAAACAGUAGCAGGAACAAUGGACCUGAUGACGAUCUUUCAAAAGAGACGUAUGUAAAGUUUGAGACGCUCGCUAUGAAACAAAGGACUCUGAAUGGACAGGCCAAUGAUCUUUGGGCGCGAAGGCAGACUCAGGAGUCGGAGAGGAUGCUCCUGUGCUCACGGUCAAGCAUUGACUCUCAAAUGACGUUCAAGAGUGACAGCUCCAGAGCUGAGUAUCUGUGCUAAUGUAUAGCACAUCGGCUUUGUGUGUUACUUGGUAUUACUUGGUAUUAGACAAGCUGUGGCAACAUCGGUUUUAAAAGAUUAGCUCUUAAUACGCUGUCAAACUCGUUGCCUUACAAGACUUAUCUUGACCCACAAAUUGUCUCAUUGCCCAUUUUUUGAAAGCCAUAUUCUUCACCCAAUCACACACAAUUCUGUAUUUUUUUUUUAAUGAAAUACAGUGUACAUAAAAGUAAACAUUGUGUAUUUUUGUGUUGCCUAUACUUCAACAUAUAAUGAAGUAGAGUUACAUAUUAUGUGUCUUGGAAAUCUUAAUUAAACCUUUUUACGUUUAUUUAUUUAUUUUUAAUAUUACUAUAUUCACAUAUAGUGAUAUGUGAUUUAAUAGAUAAGUUAACACACCAAAUUCUCUUAUGUUUGGUUUAAAUUUAAAUUAGGUCAGAAAAGGAUCAAACCAAGCAGAACCAGAUACUUUGUCACGAUAUCUUAUAUUACCAUUUCUGAGAUGAUGUGUGUGUGUGAGUUUGAAUGAUUAUGCAGCAUGUGCAUUUGAUGUUUCAGUCCUCUUCUUAUUUUUAUGUCUUCUCUAUCUUUCUACCUCUCUAUCUUUUGUUUAAUUGUACAUUUAUAUGCAAUAUCUGUGUAAAUGUAUGAUUGUGUGUUGUAAAUCCUUUAUGAGUGCCAUGCAUAUCACUAAAAUGUCCAUAUUCCCGUA